GAAAAGCAAUCAACACGAACACAAACUAGUCCAUCUCAAAACAUACCCGACGAUUCGCUUCUUAUUGGAAACAACCUGAACAUUUCUUACCAAAGAUGGUAAUAGUGGAAGAUUGCUUGCGAACAGAUUCGCAGCUUCCGACUGACGACGAGGAGAAAUCAGAUGACACUUUCAGAGAAAAGAAUGUCGACGACAAUGUUAGGGACUCGCCGAGAAAUACGUUGGAGGGAAGCAUCAGUCUUCUCGAGGAUGUCUUUAUCGACCAAAAUCACCGCAACAACAACAGCACCGAUCUUGCAUCCGUCUCGCGAGGUACAUCGUUUUCUGUGUCAAGGCGUUUGAGUACGAAGAUGUCGCUUCGCGUUGCACAAUUCGAUGCAUAUCGUAACCAUGUCGAAUCUAUUUCUCCGGUGCAAUCUCUAAAUGAUUCAACUUUUUGUUCAUUUUCGAGUUCUAGUCGUCCUAAAGUAAAUGAAUCGAUAGUGACGCGUUCAGACCGGAAAACGGCACUUGCAAAUCGAAUACAAAAUUUUGAGGGCAAAAAUUCAAAGAGAUGCAUUUUGAGGUUAGACCUGCGAACUCCUGAAGAAGUUAGGAAGAUUGUUAAAACAUCCAAGAAUAACAAUCGCUUAGAUCCAAUUCUUCGUCGAUAUGAACAUCUCUCGGAAGAAGAAUCUCAACUACGACGAGAACUUGCUUCCAAAAUUGCUGCCAGGGAGCGUCAUAGACGUCUAGGAUGUCUAAAGAGUAAAGAAGAACGGGUUCGGUUGUUGCGUCGAAAUCGUGCUCGCUUCUACAGGAUUGGCUUCGGAAAUAAUGUAGCAACAUUUAGAUCUAGCAAAAACGAAGAGGCAGGAAGAACGAAGGACGGUGUCUGUGAUAGAGUCCGAGCUGCUCCCUUUGAUUUCACUAAUUUUGUUCCUCAAUCCUUUUCUAAAAGCGAUAUACAACAUCAACUCAUAUUGAAUGUUGUAGAACGCAGCUUCGUGUUCAAGGAAUUUCGCAAACAUGGAAAGGCAAGAUGUGAAGGGGCACUGGAUGCGCUAACGAACGCAUUCGAACCUUUGACUUUUCAGCCAGCACAUGUAUUAUUGCAUGAGGGUACGAAAGAACAAAACGACCAAUUUUAUAUUGUCGAUGAAGGAAAACUUAAUUUUCACAAAGACGGGAAGUUGAUCUCAGAGAUAGAUGAAGUAGGAGCUUAUUUCGGGGAACUCGCUCUGCUUUAUAACGUGACGAGUGAACAUACUGUAUCGGUCCACGAAUCUAAACAAACUCAUCUUCUGAGAAUAGAGCAACGAGCAUUUCGUGGUCUUCUACGAAUAUUUUCAAAACGAGCAGCUAAGGAAAAAAGAGAUGCCUUGUUAGGUGUCGACUUUUUGCAUGAUUUAAUUUGUGAAAAUGAAACUCUGACUAACCGAUUGUUGUCUAUUAUGAUUCGAGAAGAGAUGACACUUGGUGAAACCUACAAUAUGUCGCAGGAUAUAACUUUUAUGGUCAUUCAAUCAGGACAGAUGCACGUUGCAAGAAUUGAAAAAACUCUGAAUCCUGGAGAUUAUUUCGGUUCUCGAGCUUUGAUUGGGUCGCUGCCGCGACAAAGCACAAACAAUACUGACAUGGAAGUUAGCUCUGAAAAGGUUGUAUUUUUUAGGAUUGAUAAUCAUUCAAUGGGGCAAAUUAUUGGACCCAGCAGAUUGCAGAAUCUUAUGGACAUGCGCAGGCUUGUUGCUACUCCAUUGAUCAAAGAAGCAAAGUUAUCAAAUUGUGCACAUGAUUUGAUGGCAGAAGGAAUGUCUGAGAAAAUAAUUGAUGAAAAAGACGAUAAUAUUUUAGAAGUUGACCGCUUUGACCCACCUGCCAUAUAUGUUGUUCGAGAAGGUCAGUUGCUUGUAUCUUCUCACGACGAAAGGGCUGGAGUAAAAACAGAGAAUCUCUUAACAGAGGGGAGUACUUUUGGUCAUGCACAGCUCCGACUCUCUACGGAAAAUGGCAUUCCACGGUACCAUCGAGUUGAAGGGUUGACAGUUUCAUCUGUUGACGGUCAAUAUGCUUCAAUCGGGGUGUUGUCCCUAGAUGAAAUGGCGACAAAAUCAUGUAUGGACGUAACACACGAAGCCAUCUGCUUCCUGCCUACAACUGACAAAUCCACUACUGGUACUAUCCGAAAAGAAACACACGGCAUUAUGCCAAAAGAAAAGAAGGUACGAGAAGCUAUUCAAAGUCAUCUUUCUUUCGAAGACUUGGAAAAAAUUCGCCUCCUCGGCGAAGGCGAGUUCGGUGAGGUGUGGCUGGUCUCAGCUAAUGUUUCAAGUGAGGGGAGUCCAGAACAUAGACAAAAAUUCGCUCUGAAGUCACAGCUAAAAAUACACCGUAACCACGGUUUUGAUAAUACUGACUUGAUUCGAAGAGAGAUAGAAGUAAUGCAAAAGCUCAGGCAUUCACAACUGGCUGAUCUGGUCACAACUUACGAAGAUGACGCAUCUAUUCACAUGCUUAUGAGAUUGGUUCCUCACGGAGAACUCUGGGAUCGAAUCCAUGUGGAAGACGAGCAAGGAAACUGGUCUUCUGGGUUGCCCGAAGAUCAUGCCAAGUUUUACGCAAUGUCUAUUGCAGAUACGCUCAAUUACAUGCAUUCAAAGGGUAUUGUUUAUCGGGAUCUAAAACCUGAGAACGUUUUGAUCGACGCAAGUGGUUAUCCCGUGAUUGUUGAUUUCGGCUUUGCCAAGUACUGCCCCGAAAAAACUUACACAUUCGUUGGUACACCGAACUAUGUUGCUCCUGAGCUCAUCACAAAUGGGGGACACAAUCGAAGUGUUGAUUUUUGGGCACUCGGAGUGACUGUUUACGAAAUGAUCACAGGUGAGAACCCUUUUUUCUUUGAAGAUAUGGAUCAAGCAUCAUUGUUUCAUACCAUUUGUCAGGAAGAAUAUUUCCCGUUGCCAAAAGAUACAAAUGAUCAAUUGGUUGAUUUCAUAGAAAAACUACUAAAUAAGGAUCCUGCUCAACGUCUGGGUAUGCUCGCUGGAGGAGUAAAUGAUAUCGUUCUACACCAAUGGUUUGAGGGUGUAGACUUAUCACAGGUACAAGCAAAAUUGUUUCCAGCACCAUGGAAGCCAACACAAUUGACUGAAGAUGCAUUUGAAACAAUGCCAUCAUGCGACAGUCAUGUGUCUUCGUCUCCAAACGAAUCAAUGGGAGCUCGUUCAACACAACCUUCGAGUGCAUCCGUCGGUUCCCUCGGAGAUUCAAAAAUAGCAAAUGACGAGGAAAGAACGACUGAACAUGAUUCAAAAUCGAAAAUUAAGAAGGAAAAGAAGUCAAAGAAAAUCAAGAAGACCAAGUUGAACGCUAAUCACCUGUCAAUAAACAACAUCUCCUAUCCCGACCUGAAGAUAUUUGAAGAUUUCCAAUAUUCAAUACCAGAGUGGAGAGUCCCUGAUGAGAAAGAUCCAGCCACAGGUCGAAGCGAAAAAGAGAAAAAGCGGUCUGAACUUCGCCGAAGCCUAUUGAAAAGCUCCUUCGAUAGUUUCGGCAUUAAUGAAGACAGCAUUUAGUGAAAAGGUACUGCCUUCAGAGCAUUGUGAUUUCAAUUUUUUUAAAUUCAUAGGAAGAAUAUUUCAAAAGA